GACUGAGUCACACACAUGCAGGCUCAGGAGGCCAGCGCAGGCGUCAGUGUCUCUAGUGGAGGUCCUCAGCCACCGCCUGUGGAAAUGGAGCAGGAGAAGGUGAACGUGAGCAAGGAGCUGGGCCCGGACUCAGCCGCGUACGGCUGCCCUGCGUGCCGAGGGGAAGGGAGCUGGAGCUGCAGACACUCGGUCCGGGGCCGGGCCAAGGCCCGGAGCCUGUCGGCCUCGCCUGCCCUGGGCAGCACCAAGGAGUUCAGGAGGACGCGCUCUCUCCAUGGGCCGUGCCCAGUGACCACGUUUGGACCAAAGGCCUGCGUGCUGCAGAACCCUCAGACCAUCAUGCACAUCCAGGACCCUGCGAGCCAGCGGUUGACGUGGAACAAGUCCCCAAAGAGUGUGCUUGUCAUCAAGAAGAUUCGAGAUGCCAGCCUGCUGCAGCCCUUCAAGGAGCUCUGUGUGUACCUCAUGGAGGAGAAUGACAUGAUUGUGUACGUGGAGAAGAAGGUGCUGGAGGACCCUGCCAUCGCGAGCGAUGACAACUUUGGACCAGUAAAGAAGAAGUUCUGCACGUUCCGGGAAGAUUAUGACGACAUUUCCAACCAGAUAGACUUCAUCAUCUGCCUGGGUGGGGACGGGACCCUGCUGUAUGCCUCCUCUCUGUUCCAGGGCAGCGUGCCUCCUGUCAUGGCCUUCCACCUGGGCUCCCUGGGCUUCCUGACCCCGUUCACCUUCGAGAGCUUCCAGUCACAGCUGACCCAGGUGAUCAAAGGGAAUGCUGCUGUUGUGCUCCGGAGCCGGCUAAAGGUCAAGAUAGUGAAGGAGCCCCGUGGCAAGAAGUUGGCGGAGCACAAUGGACUCAGCGAGAACGGGCUCCCCCGGCCUCAGCUUGAGGGUGGGAAGCAGGCCCUGCAGUACCAGGUCCUGAACGAGGUGGUGAUUGACAGGGGCCCUUCCUCGUACCUGUCCAACGUGGAUGUCUAUCUGGAUGGUCACCUCAUCACCACUGUGCAGGGUGAUGGAGUGAUCGUCUCCACCCCGACUGGCAGCACGGCGUAUGCGGCUGCAGCCGGCGCCUCCAUGAUCCACCCCAACGUGCCAGCCAUCAUGAUCACACCCAUCUGCCCCCACUCGCUAUCCUUCCGGCCCAUCGUGGUCCCCGCAGGGGUAGAGCUGAAGAUCAUGCUCUCACCAGAAGCUAGGAACACUGCCUGGGUGUCGCUGGACGGGCGGAAGCGGCAGGAAAUCCGCCACGGAGACAGCAUCACCAUCACUACCUCCUGCUACCCGCUCCCCUCCAUCUGCGUCCGCAAUCCCGUGAGUGACUGGUUUGAGAGCCUGGCACAGUGUCUGCACUGGAAUGUGAGAAAGAAGCAAGCCCACUUCAAGGAGGAGGAGGAGGAGGAGGAGGUGGCGGCUGAGAAGCAGGAGCCAGAGCAGGAGGAGGGCUAGAUACACCGCGUCUGCUGCUGGGGCAGGAGCACCACCGGCCUGGGUCCACCUUUUGCAAUCAGAUCAGCUUUUUAACAUUUUUAAAUUUGACUUUUUACAUUUCUGAAGAAGCAAAGUGAGCAUGGGCAGGGAGCCCCCCGAGCCAGCCAGGCCCUUUCCAGUCAGUCUGUUGAGUCCAGGCGCCAGGAUGAAUUGAUCUGUCCCUUGAGGUCAAAAUAAAUGUCUCAGCCCCAAAUCCUCCUUUAGUGGCAGUGCUCUCCCCUGGGCCUGUAACCUGUCCCCUCAACCCUUGGGGGCUCUGGCCUCGCUGUGGCCUGGCAGGGCCACUGGACCCCACAUUUCCUUCCACCAGGCAGCAGUGGCGGUGGCAGCUCCUGGGGAUGUCCUAAGUCCCGUGUGCCCUCCGUGGCGCUCUUUCACACCUGCUGAAGCGCUAAGUACAUAUUGUCUUGUACAUGCUUUGUGAGGCAGGCAGGCGGGCCAUUCCAUCCUGGGUCCCUUUACCCUGUGUCCAGGAGGCAGCGCUUCAGGGGUGGGGCCCUGUGCAGACCCCGGGGCCAGCUGCGUGGGCCCUGGGGGCAACAGGAGGAGGAGGGGCCCUGUGCUUCCUUUGGGAGCGUCACACUGGUGAGCUCCCGGCCCACCCUGAGGUGCCCCUGCAGGCAGAGCCUGAGCACUUUGUUCUGCGGGGCUCCUUGCCAGGUGUGCGCCCAGCUACUCCGGCAGCUGGGGCAGGAGGAGCACAAGUUCAAGGCCUGCCCAUGCCCAUCAGUGAGACCCUGUCUCAAAAUGAGAAAAGGGCUGGGGACGUGGCUCAGCGGUGACCGCUUGCCCAGCACUCAGGAGGCCCUGGGUCCCGCCUCCCAGCGUGGCAUGAGGACCCAGUGGUUGGGCUGUCCUCAGGGCUCGUGUUCCUGGUGUAGACAGCAGGUGAUGACCAAGCUGUCCUCAUCAGCUCCUGGGCUGCAUGAGAAUACUUGGCCUUUUGAAGUAAAUUCUUAAUGUUUCAUACUGUUAAUAUCUUGGAAAUUUGUUAAUUGUUGCUGAAAGCCUUAUUACUAUUUUCAGAUCCUUUCAAUAAACAGACUUGUA